UUUGAAAAUAAAAAAUUAUUUUUGAAACUAUUUUUACUUUUUUUUAUAAUUUCUUAUAUAUUUAUUAGAAUUUUAAAUUUCACAUUCCAAUUUUACCCCACUCUUCAACUCUAAACCCUAAAUUUAUAUUAGUUAACUCUAAGGUUAUAAAUGUAUUUUACAUUUUAUUAAAAAUGAAGGUAAAAAUAUUUAGUGUAAACAUGAAAAUUAAUACUAUGAAUAUGGUAUUUCUGGCAAUUUCCCUACUUUAUUUUUUAUUAAAAAACAAAUUAAUACUUACCAAAAUAGUUCAUGAGGUUAUAAAAUUAGAAUCGAUAUGUGUUCUUGAUUGUUGUACGCACGUAAGACAUGCACGAGCUGUAAAUACGACCACAUUGUAAUUUGGUAAUAUAUGAAUAACGACUCUUCGUAUAAUGUUGGGCCACCUUCCAUCCUGCAGUACAACAAAAGAAGGAAAAACAAACGCAAAAACUUAUUGUUCCAUUUGGGCGUUAUCGUCAUGGAAUAAGAUCGAAUAUUAGCAACGUCAAUAAUCUUACCAAACUUACAUUUAUUUCCAGUAUCGAUGUAUGAUGAAAAGUUCGUGAGAAUAAAUGUUUUCAUGGUUGGUUAAGAGGCCACGCAAUCCUCAACACAACAAAGUUAAAAGAUUAUUCUGGAGAUAUUGAUCUACGAUCUCGAGUCUUCACCAAGAAGAGUUCUACGUUUAUCAUGGAUAUGUGUGUAUGACAAAGGGUAAGCUUUAACUAAGGUUUUGAAACUGUGUCACAUGUAGAUCUCGUUUUGGCUCACAAAAGCCUCGUUAUAAAUAAAUUGCAUUACAAUAAUUUUAUUUAGGCAGGGCCAAAAAACACCAGAACCGAAGAAUCGAACCAUAAUCGAAACAAAAUACCUGAAUCGGAAGUCGGGCCAAAACCCUAAAAUAUCCAAAUGAUAUCACAUAUUUCUAUCCAAAACAACCGAACCAAACCGAAACCAAAUCGAGAACAUAACAUGUACCUAAAUAUAUAAAAAUAUUAGUAACACAUAUCUAUAACAUAACAAAAAAUAUAUAUAUAAUUAUUUUAUAAAAGUUUAUAAUUUAAAAGUUUAUAAAAGUAUCCAAAAAUAUUUGAAAGAAAUUAAAUUAAAUUAAAGUAUCCAAACUACCUAAAAUAUCAGGAUAUUUUUAUCUGAAAUAUCAAACAUAACCCAAAAUAUCAUAUAUUUUUAUCUGAAUCAUAAUAGUUAUUCGAUAUUUUAAUCCAAAACACCAAAUAUUUAACCCAAAUUAUCCAAACUAUCCGCUAUCCGAAGUAACCGAACCGGAACCUGAAUCAAAUAGAAAUGAUUUUUAGGCAUUUUCUGGUUUCUAGUUUUACUAUCCGAAUCGAACCUAAAACUAUCCUAAUCGAACUGAAAAUUGGUCAUGUAGUAAAUAGAUCUUUUAGCCCCUUAGCCGAAUUAACCGAUAUCUAAAAUACCCAAAUCAUACUGAACCGAUACUCGACCUAGUUUUAUCUAUGAAUUGAUAAGACAGAGCAUCAUAAAGCACAAAUUUUUGUAAAUGGUCAACACACAACACAUGUCCGAAUCCAAAUUUUUCUGGUUAAUACAAUAUUACAAUCAAACGUUAGAUCCCUUGGGUUUUUUGAGAUCCAAUGGGUCCGAACUUUCUAAUUUUGAAAAAAAAAAAUGAAAGUUAUGCACUAUGCAUGCAGUAUCACAUUAAUUACUAGUACUUAAUGGUUCAAAGAUCCUUGAGCAUGACCAAACUUUUCUAUUGAGCUGAAAGAUUUUAUGAAGUUGAAAAACAGAUACGUGGAAUUCUUAGUUGUUUUUGUUCUUCGUUCGAAAAAUGUUUCGUCUGAUUCAUUAGUUAAAAUAACAAAAAAAUUUUAUAGAUAAUUGUAUUACAUUGAUUAUUUUUUUCUGGUAUGAUUUUCCAGACUAUCUCAAGCUUGAGUAAUAAAACAACUGUCUGAAGAAACAAAAAUUAAGUUUACUUAAUCUGGUAAAAUAUAUAUUUAGACGUUCAAAAUAUAUGGCCGUACUAUGAAGACAUGACUUGAUUCUUCCGUAGCAAAUAUUCCUCACAUUUUAUAUUUUAUGUACGUUUUACCGAAGAACUUAUAGUUUAUUCUUUUCGCUGUGAAAUAUACUCCCACUAUUUUAAUAUUCAUUAUUUAAAAUGUGCUCUCUAUUUAAAAUUCUAGAUUUCGGGAUAAAGUGAAUUCUCUAGAAAAAGUGCUACAUCAAACACAAUAUGACAGCUUUACGUACCUUAUAUAAAUGACCCUUAUAGACCCUUCAAUGCAUCAAACACGGAAACUCAUCAGUCACUUCUUAUCUUCACCCAGAGACAUCAAGCUCCCUAUUAUAAGUUCUUCAACUUUCCAAUAGUCAUCAUCCCUAGUAUAUCUCUUAUCUCAAUCAAGACACUCAGUUUGAUACUUUGCGGCUUCCAAAACUCUUUCACAUUAUAACAUCAAUGGAGAAGCUACAGAAGAUGAUUUCCGGAAAGUCGGUAGUUAUCUUUAGCAAUAACUCUUGCUGCAUGUCUCACACAAUCAAGACUCUCUUCUUAGACUUUGGCGUCAACCCGACGAUCUAUGAGCUAGACGAGAUCAGCAGAGGAAAAGAGAUUGAGAAAGUAUUGGCUCAGCUCGGCUGCAGCCCAACCGUUCCGGUGGUGUUCAUAGGAGGGCAGCUCGUUGGUGGAGCCAAUCAAGUUAUGAGUCUUCAUCUCAAUCGCUCUCUCGUUCCGAUGCUUAAACGCGUUGGGGCUUUGAUUUAAAUAUAAACUUAAUUAAACGUACUUUAAUCAUCUAUAAUGUACUAGACUAGUCAAAAACUGACAAUAGCACAAUACAUGUAUGAAUCAAUUAAAAUAAUAAUAUGAAUGUAUGAAUAUGUUUCUCUUGUCUAUCUAAGUUUUUUUUUUUUUUGAAAAAUCUAUCUAUCUAUCUAAGUUUUUUAAAAGAUAGUUAUAUGGGGAUACCUAUUUUGUUAAUGUGGGGUUAUACUUAUCUUAUAAUAAAAUCAGCUAAUGUUGGAUUUCUAACUUUCCAUGAUUAUAUUUAUAAUAAAAUACAUACAUGCAUGAAUUUUAGAAAAAAUCAGAUGCGGUAAAGCACAUGUAGGCAAUUUAUGCCCCAAUCCGCUUAUUUGCACAUGUUCCAAUAUAUAUGAGAAAGAGGUGAGACAAUAAGCUGAAUAUCAGCAGGUAAUGUAGUAAAGUAAACAACUAACAGUCUAACAAUGUAGAAGGCUAUUGUCUCACCUCUUUCUCAUAUAUUGGAACCAGUGGUAGAUCCAAGAAUGCAUUUAAGAGGUGUCAAAAAUACACAAAGAUGUCAACAGUGAGUUUUGAGCUGGAGGUUUGGAGGUGUCAACAUGGGACUUUUUCCGGCAGAGCUGCUAACUUUUCAAUGUUUUAAAGAACAAAUUAUUAUUUUUACUGACUUAAGGGUGUCAGCUGACACCCUAUUAGAUACCCUAUUGGAUCAAGUGGAUCCGCCUCUGAUUGGAACAUGUGCAAAUAAGCGGGUUGGGGCAUACACACUUUUAAGGCGAAACCGUUGUUUAUGUUAGACUAUUAGUUGUAUACUUUACUACGUUAGCUUUCUAUACUUGCUACAUCAGUCGAUUGCAAGAUAUUAAAGAUAUCAAACCAUAAAUUUUAUACACAUAGUACAAACUGUAUUCUUCACGUUUCUCUCUCUAACCUAAAACGCUCUCCAUUUUCUCUUCAAAAACUCGUAGCGUUCAAUAAUGGCAACUAGCUUCAGCCUAGAUCACGAGGCACUAGAUUGAUGUUUAAUCUGAACUUGGUACGUACUCAAAAUUUGCACAAAUUUGAUGAUGAGUUAUUUGAAAGACGUUUAUUGAUGAUCAAGAAGACAAUUACAAGAGAACUAUAAGAAUUUAUGAGAUCUAGGUCAAAUAGGCAAGAACAAGCAGAUCAAAGUAAAACCCUGAUUUCUGUGCCAAAAAGUAUGUAUUUUUGCAAAUGGACUUCUCGGUCCUCAACCAUCUCUUUAUAUACAAGUCCUGUUUCUUUUUUCCUUUAAGUCUGUCUAAACUUAUGCCGACAUCAAAUUAGCUGUGUGUCAACUUCAACUGAUCUGGGCUGAGUUAUGUUUAUUCGAUGGGCAUUAUCUGAGGGAUGUAACCCAUCCACAACAAUAAGUCUCCCCCAGAUCAUUGUGAGAGGCGAACUCGAUCUCAUGAAUUUAUAAAGUGGGUUUUGCGAAUAAAGAACUCGGUGCAUGUCUUCCAAGAAAAUUGGAAUUUACAUAUUGGCAAUCGCAUGGAAUCCGACAGUUUAAUUUUGAACCAUAUGAAUCCUGGUUUAUUUCUAACCACUUGUUUAAUCCUAAAUCUGACCCCGAUAUAGCAAAGAAUUGGAAUCGUUUCCCCAGAUAUGUCGAGAAUCGUAUCGCCCCCUUAGGAAUUAGACCUUCUGAUUAUGUCUCCACGUUUGCUGCCACCAUGAAUUUCUCGAGAUAUAUCUUCAAUUCUUAGAUGCUUGAGAAAGGGAAAGUAAAUAAUUGUCUCAAGUCCUGAUCAGGACAUCUCUGACGGAUCUAGUUCAAUUGAUGAUCGGAUUAGGACUCACCAGAGAACCUUAAGAGACACUGCCGGUUUAAGUUUUGAGCAACGGCAAUUAAUUCUUCAUGCGAAACAUACAUUUAUAGCUUAUGAUGAUGAUCAAGAGGCGAGAGAUGAUCAUUCUGAAGAAGUUUUGGUCUGUGAUUCUGAAAAAUGAAGAAGGGAUCCUAUACCUCUUAGACAAUCUGUAUAUCCGGUCUUGUUAUAGUAAAGUAUUGAAGUUUACCCACCAAGCUGUGGAAGUAGGUGGGGUUUGUGAAGAACUCUUCCUGAUGUGGAACUCUAAAGAGCUGAAGUGGUAAUUGUGUGGGCAUGGGAGUGCAGUCUAACAUUGAUGCUACUUGAAAAAAUUAUGUAGUGUAUUUGUCUUUAUUGAGGAACAGACCCGUAUGAGUGAAGAAAGCUUGUAUCCCAAAAAAUAGCUCAACUGCCCCAAGUCUUUCAUUCCAAAAUUCUUUUUCAGACAUAUGUGAAGCUUCAGGAUCAGAGAUGAAUUAUUGCCUUUCAACACCAUGUCCUCCACGAGAAAAAAGAGGAACAUAAUUUCAUUGUUUCGUUGGCAUACAAAAUAGUGAAAUAUCUCAUGUGUCCAUGAUUCUGAUUGGUGCAUCUCGAGAAAAAGAACAUGGGAUGUCCCUAAUCAUGUAUAUUAUAAUGUUGAGACAAAAGAAACCCUAAUGAAUGAAGAUAAUUUAACAUUUUAAGUCUAUAAUUUUCCAAAAUGAAGUGAUACAUGAUGGUAUAUGUUGGUAGAAGACAUAUAUCCUGAGAAAUAUCAUGAUAAAUCAACUAAUUAUGAAAACAAGACUGAUAUAAUGGAUGUUUGAUUUAAUUCAGGUUCCUCUUGGGCUGGUUUAUUUGGUAAACAUGAGGAUCUUAGUUUCCCUGCAUAUGUGUAUUUAGAAGGUACUGAUAAGCAUCAUGUAUGGUUGUAGAGCUCUUUGUUAACAAACAUCACAACAAAAGGAAAAUCUCCCUAUUCUACCGUUAUAACACAUGGUUUUGUACUAGAUGAGAAUGGUACGAAAAUUAGCAAGUCUUUGGGUAAUGUGGUUGACCCACAUAUGCUCAUUGAUGGACGGAAAACUAAAAGUACGUGUUGGGAUUCGUCAGAGACUUCGUCAAGAAUUAGCAAGUUUUUGGGUAGUGUGGUUGACCCAAAUAUGCUCAUUGAUGGACGGAAAACUAAAAGUACGCAUUAGGAUUCGUCAUAUUAGGAAAUGAAAAUAUCACUUUUAUGGAGUUUUAGAAGCUGAGAUGACCCUCGAAAUAUUACUUUCAUGGUUUAUGGAAGUUGGAAGUAUUUUGGAAAUAUUUCUAAUAGGUUUAUGGAAAGUGGUGAAUGCCCUAAUCCAACUAUGUUAAUGUAAUAGAUUCCUACUAUAUAAGAGGAGCUCGUGCGUACUCUUCUCUCUCGUCAAGAAGCCUAUUGUAAGCUUGUAAGAGAGAGAGAGAGAGAGGGAGAGAGGGAGAGGGAGAGGGAGAGGGAGAGAGAGAGAGAGAGAGAGAGAGAGAGAGAGAGAGAGAGAGAGAGGUUAUAUAUCUUUGUAGUUAUAAUGAAUUGUUUCUUGUCAGGCCCGACAGACGUAGCCAUUCUAGGUAAACUAUGGGUAAACAAUUAUUUGUGUCCAUCUUCUAUAUUUUCCGUUUUAUUAUUUUAUUCUCCAUUAUUAUACAAGCUUAUACUUUCUAACAUACAUCGGCGAGUUUGUCAAAGAGGAGUUAUUCUUGGGUUCACCCCCUAGGGUGAACCUCUAGGUUCACCAACCAAUAGUAUUUGGUUAUUUGAUAUUUGAUAUCUUUUAAAAAAAGAAACAAAAUAAUAAGAAAUUAAAUUUAUAUUAUAUCAUUAAAUAAAAAUAUAAAAACACCUAAAAAAUAUCAAUAAUUGCAAAAUAAAAAAACUAAUAU